AUGAAAUCUUUCUACUUAACAGAGAAUUAUGAAGUUCUUAUAUACGGGUUAAAUUGUAUCUCCCAACGGAAACUCGCCGAUGUACUUCUCGCCGAGCGCGCUCUACGCGAACUAACGUGGCAGCCAUGUCCUUUUAUCGAGUCCUAUAAGGCACAGUCUAACAAGGCCACGGCUAUUGAGUCUACUAGGGCUCAACUUGAAAAAGCGAAUCAACAGCUUAAAAACGCUCAACUGCAAUAUCCAAGAAAAGAGUACGCCCUUUACCGAGCGGAGAGACGGGGAUUGAAAGAGGUUUAUGAUAGCCUAAGGCGUGAUCCUAAAUGGUUCAUGCGAGAGGAACUGGUACAGGAUUGUUCGGAUCGAGGCGGAUGUUGCAGCCGGGACUGUGGAUGUUGCGCGCAGAGGCAUUUAUAG